CUCAGCAACUCAUAUCGAUUGUUCAAUAUCACAAUCGUAAACUACGGGAUUCUAACGAUGUUUGGGUAUUUAUUGGUCAAACUUACCUUCCGAUAUCAUAAGUUGUACACCAGAUCCUCAAUUUUGGCGACGAUAGCCACCAAUGUUGUUCUCUACGGGAUAUCUGACACUCUAGCGCAAAGUGUGACUCAGCUUCUUGAACGGGAACAAGCUCCAGGAAGAGUGGGAUGGAUGAUAGACUCUAAUUGGAGUGGCAACAACGAUUCUGCAGUCCAAUUCACGCUUGAAGGGGACAACGCUGACGAUUCUACAUUGGACUUUUUUGUCGAUUAUGGUGACAGCAGUGACGGUAUAGGUGCACAUGCUUAUACCAUUGAUUUUGAGAGUGGUAGCAAUAUCAUUAAUUCACACCUAGAUCCACAAGAGCAUUCGGGCUUUAAUUUCAGACGGUUUUUUGGAUUCAUAACAUGGGGCUUUGUGAUGGCAUUUGUUCAGGUGGCUUGGUAUAUGUUUUUGAAUGCAAUGUUUACAGACAUGCCUACAAUAGUUUCGGUUCUCGAACGGGAUUUGACAGAUCAGCUGCUUUUCUCUCCAAUCUCGUUAGCGUCAUUUUUUGCAUUCACUACAAUUGUCAUUGAAAAGGGCGACAGCGAAGCUUAUAAAGACAAAAUGUACAAGCUAUAUGUUACUACACUAGCAGUCAGUUUUUCUGUGUGGUUUCCAGUCCAAUUCAUCAAUUUCUCUGUGAUGCCCAAAAAGUUUCAAGUUCCGUUUAGCUCCAGCGUUGGAGUGGUAUGGAAUUGCUUCCUAUCAUACCGCAAUGCA